AUGGGCGUGUUGCCUAAGAAGGCAGCGGAAGGUGGCGCGAAGGCGGCGGCUGAAGCGGGUUUGAAGGCAGGGGAGGUCGAGUCAGAGGCGAAGGCAGCAGAAGGCGCCGAUGCGAAGGCUGGACCUGUUGCGUCGUCGAAGGCGGGUGCUGGGCCUGCGUUGCUUUUGAAGAAGUCAAUGGGCGUGUUGCCUAAGAAGGCAGCGGAACCUGGCGCGAAGGCGGCGGCUGAAGCGGGUUUGAAGGCAGGGGAGGGCGAGUCAGAGGCGAAGGCAGCAGAAGGCGGCGAUGCGAAGAGCGUGUCUGGGGUCGAUGCGAAGGCUGGACCUGUUGCGUCGUCGAAGGCGGGUGCUGGGCCUGCGUUGCUGACGAAGAAGUCGAUGGGCGUGUUGCCUAAGAAGGCAGCGGAAGCUGGCGCGAAGGCGGCGGCUGAAGCGGGUUUGAAGGCAGGGGAGGGCGAGUCAGAGGCGAAGGCAGCAGAAGGCGCCGAUGCGAAGAACAUGUUUGACGUGGUUCCUAAUUCUGCUUCAGUCCCGGAUCAGGUCGCCGAGGAAGAUGCUGGCGUAAGGAGUGGUGCCACGUCAGUGUCGUGGUUCGGUUUCUUCUAG